AUGUUGCCCACAGCCAAACACCCAACCUCAAGCCGCCUUCGCGACCGCUCCCUCCCUCGAUCCCACGCCAGCGACUGCGACGACAACGAGACGCCCGCCGCCAGCACUGCCAGUCGCUCCAAGAUCAAGGCACGCCGCCGACGCUCGUCCCACGGUACCGCCAGACGUGCCUCUGCCGCCUCCGUAAAGCAUAGAGUUCGCCGGCCCGAUACCGCCCACCGCUCGUCCACCUCGAGUUUGCGGAAGGACGAGAGCUCGAUGCCAGGCGUCGAUGCCAGUUACGCUGCGUCUCUGCUGAGCUCCAGGGCCGGCAGGCCGUACCCCGCCUUCUCGAAGAGCCACUGCAAAGAGGCGGUGGGAAGCCGGGAAAAUGUCGACGCCGGCAUCAACAUCCUGACGCCCGAGCCCACAGACAUCGCCGGUGAAAAGACGACGGAUGACCGGCCCUCGAGCCGGAACAAGAACAAUCAAGCCAAACGCCAGAGCACCGCCACCAAUGCCACCCGUCCUCCCAGCCCGCCCUUAACAAAUGACGAGAAUCAGCCUUCCCGAAGAAGCACCCCCAGCGUGCGGAUAGCGGAUGUGAAAGGAGCUGCUAAGGCUGGAGACGACACCAAGAAGCCAAAGAGCCGGCCGCACAGCACGAGAUCGUCGUCAAGUUUGAAACGAGUCUCCUCCGAGCACGCUCGAAAAAAUGGUGAAGCGAUACCGCGACCCAGUACGCCGUCAUCGAAGUUUAAGAUCUUCGACGCCUUUCAGCUUUCACACCGAUCCCCCGCAGCGUCGUUAAAACAAAAACAGCAGGCAAAGGAUGACAAGUCCAAACGCUCCAGCAAAGCCAGGAAUAGCAUGUCAUCCACAUCCUCUGUAUCGGAUGAUGCAACUGUUUUGGGGCCCAAGCAUAGCUCGAUGACUUCUCAUCAGAAAACCUCAUCCUCACUGCGAAGUAAGAAGUCUACCGGGAGGCCUGGGACUUCCGCGGGUGGAAAUUCAUCUCCUCCAAAUGUUCCGCCAUUCAAUGAACGCGAGAUCACCCCAGUUGCGAGUGUAAUCCAUCCACCGCCUCCACCAACUCAUGACGCAUCGCUGACAGCACCGAAGGUUGACUAUCUUUUACAAACUGGAGGGCUGCAUUAUACAGUACCACGAAAUUUCCUGAGCGCCUCCGGCUCGCCAAACGUCGCUCAACAAUCUGUUGAUCCAGUAGCUGUUGGAGCCAGACUUUUCGAGCCAUUUUCGAGACUGCUGGAUGAUUACGGGGCUGUAUUGUCCAAACGCGGCUCGCUUGCUGUUGCUACUGGGUACAGAUCUGUUGCUAGACGCUUAUUGGAUAGGCUAGAGGCAGUCUUUGCUCGGGACAUCUCACAAGAGGUAUGCGAGUGUGUCAUGUGCGCUGAAACUGAUCUUCCAGAUGAGGGUGGUGGUGUUAGUUGGGGUGAAGUACUGGAACUUGUCUCUGGCCGUAGCGAACUACCUCCUUGGCCACCAUUUCAGAUCCAUACUGAACCGGAUUCGGCUGAUAUAGGCGGACCAGCACACGUCCCCAUGCAGAAACUCGACAUCGACGUUCCCAAUGCUCUAAGAGAGCACUAUAUUCAGCAAUCGCGCAAGACGAAGCAAGCGGUGGAUGACUGGCUUUCUCGUCAAGCCCAAGAUACAGCCAGUGCGCCCGAAAUGAUCGACGACGAGACACUAGCCUUCGCGAUGUUGACCUACUUGAACCCAGAGCAAAGAGAACUAUUCAGCAAAUUCCUAGAACUUCCUAAUUCACCUCCCCUUUCGAAAUCAACUACCGCGAACCCUCGGGCAAGGCCUGAAGCUCUAGUCCUUGGUGGCGUCGCAAUACAGCGCCUUUAUCGUCUUACUUCGGAGCCUAGAGAUCCUGACACGGCGCUUUACAUGGUCAAUAACCCUAGUAUGCAUCACGUUUUAGCUACACUUUCUGCUAUAAGCAAUGACGAAUGGGAUAUUCUCAUCUCAGGGCGUUUCGAUGGUUUCCUUCGCAGUGGAGCUGAGGACCAUCUUCCCCAGAGCUCCAUGCCAGCCGCUUCGUGGAAUGGUAAACGCGGUAUGCCCCGAGGAGUUAACGGCAGUGGUAUGUACCCAGCUAGCCAGCUGUAUGGUCGUCGUCAUGGGGCUGCUUCAUUUGGUGCUCCAAUUUCCGUAGACGAGGAAAAUGAAAUUGCCGCAUUAGCGGAAAUUGAACGAAAUAUUUACGUGGGCAUGGAAGCUCUUGAGGACGCAUUCGAGGCUCUGCAUUACAAAGCGGAGAGUAUUCGUACCAUCCUGCGCGAACGGAAUGCUGGUCUAACAGUCGCUAAUCAAGCACGACGUGGAGGCCUUGGCUCCUUGGGCUCCGCAAACGGAGCUGCCAAUUCGGGUUUCUCCAACCUGGCGGGAACGAAUGAUUGUGAAACAGAUGAUGGAAUCGACGACACUUUAUCAUCUAUAGCCCCAUCAGAAUCUGCAAGUAAUAUCAGUUCAAGCCGGAGACGCCGACCGAAGAGACGUACCGAGAGACGCACACCAUCAGUUGUUGGUGAGGAAAAUGAGGAUGAAGUGCACUAUUUGAACAUUCCAAAAAGAAUUAGUACGACAAACUCAGGACGGAGGAGAUGA